UGAACGUUUCGUAUGGAUCCGUAUAACUGCACUGUGGUGCGUUAUUCCUAAACCAGCGUCCGUGAAAGCACAACUAUUCAGGAAUAGUGAGUGAGCCAGUGAAACAAGUGUUUUAGUGACAGUUUUUUGUUCCACUCUUAUUGGUUUUUGAGUUAAUAACAUGAGAUCUUUAAUAUCCCUACUGGCAAUAUGUCUAGUAGGGCAACAGACAGCACACGCUUGGGGAGGUCUAUUUAAUAGAUUUUCCCCUGAAAUGUUGGCGAACAUGGGAUAUGGAGGACAUGGAGGAUUUAUUCAGAGGGCUGGAGAGGGAGAUGAAGGAAUCUUGGAAGAGUAUAGCAGUGAUGUUGAUGAAGAACCCUGUUAUGGAAAAAGAUGCACGGCUAAUGAACAUUGCUGUCCGGGAUCUGUCUGCGUGGAUGUUGAUGGAGUAGUUGGUUCUUGCCUGUUCGCUUACGGCAGACGAGUGGGUGAACUUUGCCGCAGAGAUACUGACUGCGAAUCUGGAUUAGUGUGUGCUGAAGCAGAACCAGGAACGAUGACGAGGGUGUGCAGACCACCUGUCCACCAGGAGAAGCAGUAUUCGGAACUUUGCAACAUGUCCAGUGAAUGCGAUAUUUCUAGAGGUCUCUGCUGCCAGCUGCAACGCAGACACAGGCAGGCACCAAGAAAGGUCUGCUCAUAUUUCAAGGAUCCCCUGGUUUGUAUCGGGCCCGUUGCCACGGACCAGAUCAAGAACUCCGUGCAGCACACCGCAGGCGAAAAAAGGUUGACCGGCUUCAGCAGUUUCAAGAGACCGUUGCCAAUGCAUUAGGCAAACAAAAAUUUAUGUCAAAGGAGUACCUUACAGUUAUAAAUCUGUAAAUUUUCUGUAGUGUGACGAUGAAAGAAACAUUGCGUUGUACGUUCCCACUGAACAAAACUGAUUCAGCUAGUAACAAACCCGAGGGCCAGUGCUCCUGAAACAGUUUUUGUCGCAUGAGCCCUUCUUUUGUGGGAAGUUGAUACGAAACGUACGACACAACAUUUUCUGAUAACUUAAUCAGAUGCAUACAUUGAAGUAUGUGUUUAUCAUUCAAAUUCUAUUUGAAUUCAAAAAUCGGCUGAAGGUUUUGAUUGAUUCUUUGGAUAUAGAUAAGGUGUUUUUAAGCACUUUUACUGGCCUAGUUAGUAACUUAGUUUGUAGCUUGUUGCGCAUAUUUAAAUAUAGGGCGCGCGCAAAUUAUAGAUUUCACCUGAAAGUCUCUUGAUCGACUGCGACAAGAAUGAGAGAUUUUCCCCAUAGAAAAUUUGAAUUAUUUAAAACUGUAAAACUUUUAACCGUCUAACUGUGAUGAUUAAACAUGGCAGUACUUGCGUAGUAAUACUUCGAAUGAUACUUCUGCUCAAGUUAGACCUGACAAGUUUUUAGUAACUUGGGCAGAAACCAGUCUGCUCUCAAUGGAGUUACGAACAUUAAACGCAAUUAUUUGUCUUAAUCAGUAAAAUAUGAAUACAUAUCAUGUGAAACAUAUCAUAUUAUAACUACUAUAUUGGUGUUAUAUUACUAAAUAUAUUAAUAAAUGUAUACUGCAAUUGG